AUGAAAAAUGAAUUUUAUAGAAAAAAGCAUGCCUCGUUUUUUAAACGCUGUUUGGGCAUUCUCCCUGAACAAUAUGAAGAUGAGACAUCGAAUAUGAUGGCAUUCGUAUACUUCUGCUUGACUGGAGUGGAUUUACUGAAGGAACUAGAAAACACAUACACUAAGAACGACAUCAAUGAUUUUCGACGUUGGAUUUAUUCACAUGCUUUUGAGACCGAGGCUUAUUUUGGGUUUAGGGGUUCCGUCAUAUAUGAAAAUACUGGCCUUUAUGAUCCGCCUGACUUGAGCGCAACUACAUUCGCAAUUUUAUCUUUAAUCACACUAGGAGAUAACUUGACCAAUAUAAAUAGGAAAAAAGUGAUGAGGUAUGUCAUUAAAUGUCAACGUGAAGAUGGCUCUUUUGCUCAAUGCUUGGACAUGAGUUUGCAAAAGCCUUUUGGAGAAAGUGAUACCCGAAUUUGUAUGCUGGCCACCAUGGUGAGAUCCUUGUUGAAAUGGGACGGAACGAAAGGGAUGGAUAUUGAUGUUAAUAAGUUAUAUGAAUAUGUGAAUAGUUUGAAAACUUAUGAUGGAGGUUUUGGGAUGGAUAAAUUCGGAGAGUCUCAUUCAGGUCUUACGUUUUGUGCAUUAUGCACACUCUAUUUCGUCAACAAAUUAGAUUCUGACAAUUUUUCCGACACAGUAGAUUUUUUAGUACAUCGGCAGGUUUGCUAUAAUAAGUAUAGAGCAAGAGAACUAAGUGAAAACGAAUAUGCAGACGAAGAUGACAAUGGUGGGUUUAAUGGUCGUCCUAAUAAAUAUGCAGAUACAUGUUACGCGUUUUGGUGUGUGGGAUCUUUAAAAUUGCUGGGUAAGGAAAAGCUUGUUGAUUUCUCAGCCCUUCAAAACUUUUUGUUAAAUCAAACACAGAAUGACCUACUUGGAGGCUUUACUAAAACAAAUAUGGAAGAGGAUACUCCUGAUCCGGUUCAUAGCAUGCUUGCCAUAGCGGCCUUAAGCAUUAUGAAGUUUUCUGGAUUGGAUGGAUUAAAUCCUGGUUUUGUGAUAUCGGAGAAGGCAUUUAAUCAUUGGAAGUCCAUAAAAUUUGACGAUUAA